AUGGAAGACCACAUACCUUUUGUUCCCUGCGACAUCAUACUUAACAUUCUCAAAAGACUUCCGGUGAAAUCCUUAAUCCGAUUUCAAUGUGUGUGCAAAGAUUGGAAAAAUCUCAUCAAAACUCCGUUUUUCAUCCAAGACCACCUCCAUCACUCCAGUCAUCAAAACCCUUUGCUUCUACUCAAAUGGCUCGGAGAUUUGCGCAUCGUGGAUCGUCACAACAUGCAAGUCACUCAGAUUCAAAUAUCACCUUUGGUCGAUUCCUGUUUUGAUCUUGUGAUCGUGGGUUCCAGCAAUGGCUUGCUCUGUGUUCAAGUGGUUGAUAAUUUGGUAAAAACAGUUCUUCCAUGGAAGACAAAGGAAAAUGGUAUAGUUCCCCCUACCCUUUUAUUAUGGAAUCCAGCUACUAGACACUUCAGAAAGUUGCCCUUAAAUAUUAAGGAUUUUAAUAGUUCUUACCGUCAAGGAUUUGGGUUCAGUCCCAUCGACAAUGAUUACAAAAUAGUGAGAAUUUAUGUUUGUGGACCUUGUUUUGCAGCUAAUCCAGCGCAAAUUUAUUCAUUAAAAGCUGGGUCAUGGAAGGAAGUAGAAUUUGAGAACUUAGAGGGCAUAAAAAUUAGUAAAUGGGAAAAUGUCGCUGUUAAUGGUGUUAUGUAUUUCUCUGGUAGAGACCCGUCGACUCCGUCUAAUGAUGAUAAUCUGGUAGUUUCAAUUGACCUAACAAAGGAAGUGUGUACCUUGAUACCAUUGCCUGAUCUAAAAUAUAAUAGAAGUAAAAGGCUUAUAGUAUAUGAGGACAAACUUGCUGUGGUUGCUGUCAUUCUUCAUGGAUCUUAUAUUGUUCAUUUGUGGGUGAUGGAGGAGGACAUAUGUGCAAAUAGGGGAAGAUGGAUUUGGACUAAAAAAUAUACUAGCAGCUCAUGUCCACGCAUGUUACAUCCAAUGACUAUUUGGAGGAAUGAGAUUGUCUUCUGUACUAUGGGGGAUGAUGUUUACACACUCAAUCUGACAACUAAUGAGUUUAAGACAUUUGUUGUUAAAUGUGGCUCUAUCAUAUAUGAUAGUUGUACUCACGUGGAAAGCCUUGUGUCCGUUGGCAACAUCAGUAAUAAAGAAUCUUAA